AGCUCCUCUGUCCACGUUGCGGGACAUCGAGGUGCCUGACACCGGGGCAGUUGGUCUCGAACAGGAUGCAAAAUGGUAAGUAAGCUCAUUAUCAUUAAAUAUCUAUUGGAGCUGGAAUGCGCUUCCGUCUUUCUCGUCCGUCGGUCGGGGAAGCACGCCCCUCGCUCGUGAGAAUGGAUCGCUGUGUUACCCAAGCGGUCACGGACAUUCAUUUGGGCUUCCCCACCGGUUCAAUGCGAUGAGCAGACAGCGUUCCAGUCUCUGCGCUCUAUAUAUAUAUUUUAUUCAACCAAAUUCCGGGGGGUCGUAUGCCGUCUCUGCAGCAGUGUGGUGAAUGCAGCGCUUCAUAUCUACGAUAACUAACUUGGUAUGUACCCAGGGUUGCUGCUUCUCCUUGUUCUCGCGUGACGAUGGCGCGAUACCUUAUUCCGCUGAGGUAACGGAAGAGCAUCCUCAUGGAGAUUCCUCGUCUCCCACAGUAAACCCUAUCACCGAUGCGAUCGUCUCAGAAGCUGCUGGUCGACACCGUACGACCGGCGCCGCUACCACGACCACGACAGUCCGUCGUCGAGGAGCGGUACCGCUGAGCGAGCAUUACAAUCAGCCAAUCCGCCCGCAUACCUGGCGGAGUAAGCGACGCACAUGGUCGCAUGCACAGUUGGCGCGGGAACGACAGGAGUUCUUCGAGACGAGAGUGACCGGCCGGCAAGAGGUGUGGGCAGCGCUGGCGAGCGCUACAGCGUUGAUGCGCGACGGCGACUUUGCGACAGCACAGAGUAUCAUCGAUGCUGCUGGAAUCACGGUACCCACGGGAGACUUAUGUGAAGGCUGUUAUGACGAAACAGGCGCACUGUACCGCUUGCCUCAGUGCAUUGUCAGCGACCCGGACAACAUCGUCGACAGCCCUGCCGAUGGAAUCGACAAUGAUGCGAUUUCCGAUGGAAAGCUCGGAGCAGACGAGGCAUCAGAAGAUGAACUGAUCCCGGAUGAUAUUGAGCGGCGCAGGGAGGAGAAGGGCAAAACGAGCGAACGCGAUCUCAUCAAGGUCAAAGCGCGACUAAGUGAUAGGGAAGGACCUGAUCUUACUAUCUCCAUUGGGAAGACGCAAAGCGUCGGACUACUGGCCCGCAAGGUGCAGGGAGAGGCCGGGAUUUCCGGCAGACAGCGAGUUCGACUCGCAUACCUGGGAAGAAUACUCAACGAGCACGAGAGUCUCACCGAUCAAGGGUGGAAGAACGGCCAUAUUGUGAACGCUUUAGUGGUGACACGACGCUCGAUAUCAUGACAGUGCCAAAUCUAUGGACUGAUUAUCAACCCUACCUUCAUCUCAUGGACAUUACGCAAGUUAUCAUCCCGGAACCAAAGUCGGACGUGCGCGAUAUAACGACCUAUUCGAAGAACUGUUCUGGAAAUGUUAUCCUCCCCAUAUUCUCCCCUCUAAUGUUUUUUGCUGGUGAUCUAU